UCUUUAAUCAGUUCAUUUCAGUUUUUCAGACAUCAACAAUGGUGCUUUCUAAGACAGCUUCUCAAACCGAUGUCUCUGUUCACUCAACUUUCGCCUCUCGUUAUGUCCGAACCUCACUUCCAAGGUUCAAGAUGCCGGAAGAGUCGAUACCGAAAGAAGCUGCGUAUCAGAUCAUCAACGAUGAACUUAUGCUCGAUGGUAACCCAAGGUUGAACCUCGCCUCUUUCGUCACCACCUGGAUGGAGCCUGAAUGCGAUAAGCUCAUCAUGGAUGCCGUUAACAAGAACUACGUCGACAUGGAUGAAUACCCUGUCACCACCGAGCUUCAGAACCGAUGUGUGAAUAUGAUAGCACAUUUGUUCAAUGCACCACUAGGGGACUCGGAGACCGCGGUAGGAGUCGGAACGGUCGGAUCGUCGGAAGCGAUCAUGUUGGCCGGCCUUGCAUUCAAGAGAAAAUGGCAAAACAAGCGUAAAGCCGAGGGGAAACCGUAUGACAAGCCGAACAUCGUGACCGGAGCCAAUGUUCAAGUGUGCUGGGAGAAGUUCGCAAGGUAUUUCGAAGUCGAGUUGAAGGAAGUGAAGCUGAGGGAAGGUUACUACGUAAUGGACCCUGCUAAAGCUGUGGAAAUGGUCGAUGAAAACACCAUUUGCGUUGCAGCAAUUCUUGGAUCAACGCUCAAUGGUGAAUUCGAAGAUGUCAAGCUUUUGAAUGAUCUCCUUGUCGAAAAGAACAAGGAAACUGGAUGGGAUACCCCAAUUCAUGUUGAUGCAGCUAGUGGUGGGUUCAUUGCACCAUUUUUGUACCCAGAGCUUGAAUGGGACUUUAGGCUUCCACUUGUGAAGAGCAUUAAUGUCAGUGGCCAUAAAUAUGGUCUUGUUUAUGCUGGUAUCGGUUGGGUUAUCUGGAGGAACAAGGAGGAUUUGCCUGAAGAACUUAUUUUCCAUAUCAAUUACCUUGGAGCUGAUCAACCCACUUUCACUCUCAAUUUCUCCAAAGGUUCAAGCCAAGUCAUUGCUCAGUAUUACCAGUUGAUUCGAUUGGGUUACGAGGGGUACAGGAAUGUGAUGGAGAACUGUCAUGAAAACGCCAUGGUCCUAAAACGGGGAUUGGAGAAGAUGGGGCGGUUCGAAAUUGUGUCGAAGGACGAAGGUGUCCCGUUGGUGGCGUUUUCCCUCAAGGACAACAAGCGUCACGACGAGUUUGAGAUAGCCGAGAUGCUGCGUCGGUUCGGAUGGAUAGUGCCGGCAUACACCAUGCCGGCCGACGCUCAACACAUCACGGUGUUGCGCGUCGUCAUCAGGGAAGACUUCUCCCGUACCCUGGCAGAGCGUCUCGUGAUGGACAUCCAGAAGGUCCUACACGAACUCGAUACGCUCCCCGCCAAGGUGAAUGCCAAAUUGGCCAUGACGGAGGAAGAGCAUGGAAAGAACGGCACCACCGUGAAGAAGACCGCCGUCGAAACCCAGAGGGAAAUCACUGCUUACUGGAAGAAAUUUGUGAGCGAGAGGAACACGAACAAGAACAAAAUAUGUUAGAGUUUACUAUAUAAUCUUUAAUUUAUCACUAUGUUUCCACCUAUUGUUUUAUUUUUCAAGCUUAAGAAUCAUUAAUGUAAUGGAUCUUAUUUAGCAAUAUAUUGAAGUUUCAAACCAGA